AUGAAUCCCAAAGCCUCUUCCCUUAUUCUCGUAACUCUUUUUGUCUUCUUCAUCUCUGUCAAUGUUGAAUCUUUCGACGUUACAGAGCUUCUAAAUAGAUACCCUGAUUUGAUUGGUUUUAAUGACCUUCUUACACAAACAAAAAUUGCUGAAUCAAUUGCUAAUCGCCGAACCAUUACCAUUCUUGCUGUUGAUAACAGCUCUCUGGCGGGUAUUCAAAGCAGACCCAUCGAUGAGGUUCAGAAGAUUUUGAGUGAUCAUGUUAUUCUUGAUUAUUAUGAUAUGAAAAAACUGAGAAAACUUCAAAAGAGUGUAAUCGUUACUACAUUGUAUCAAACAACUGGUGUGGCGGAAAAAGGACAAGGGUUUUUGAAUGUGACACGUAUGCCUGGUGAACAAUUUGUGUUUGGUUCAGCUGUAAAAGGUGCAGUUCCUGUUGCCAAAUUAGUUAAAGCUGUUUAUGCUCAGCCAUUUAAUGUUUCUGUUUUACAAGUGAGUCAACCCAUUGUGGCUCCUGGUAUUGGUGAAGUUAUUCUUCCACCACCACCACCACCCUACACUCCACCCCCAGCUCAGCCUCCUAAGUCUUCUUCUUCUUCUAAUAAGACAGCCGACUCCCCCGGCUCAGAUGAAGACGAAAUUGACGCACCAAAUGAGGCGCCCAUUGAGGCACCCGCACCGGCACCCGUUGACGCACCUGAUGAAGCACCGGUUAGUUCGCCACCGGCACCCACUAAGGAAGAAACUCCGGUUGCUCCUGCUUCUGGAGCUUCAAGAGUGUACGAGGGUUUGAGUUUUGUUGUUGCAGCUUUCGUGGCUUUGGUGUUCUAA